AGAGCAGCAGCGUCACAUGUUGUUUUUCUCCAGGAUCAGAUCAGUGCCUGCUCUGGUGCCACUGCACUGUUGCUUUUACCGUGACGGAGCGCGGACACAGUUUAGUGUCUGCGAUGGACUAGAUUAUUAUAAAACGGGUUAUCUGUAAAGUUUUAUUGUUUUUGCUGCAGAACAAGAGCUUAUCUGGAACUUGAAAAGGAGACGCGCAGAGAAAUGGCAAGUCCUCCGGCGACGGGGGGACACCUGUUAUCUAAUGGGACGAACGGUGUGAAGAAGUGCGGAUACCUGAGGAAGCAGAAACACGGACACAGGCGCUUCUUCGUGCUCCGGGAGCCGGUGGAGCGCUGCCCUGCCCGGCUGGAGUAUUAUGAGAGCGAGAAGAAAUGGAGGAACAAGUCCGCCGCGAAAAGGGUCAUAACUUUGGACUCCUGUCUGUGCGUAAACAAACGGGCCGACGCCAAACACAAGCACCUCAUCGCCCUCUACACCAAGGACGAGUACUUCGCCGUGGCUGCGGACAACGAGCAGGAGCAGGAGAGCUGGUUCACGGUUUUGACUGAUCUCAUAGCCGAGGGGAAAGUGUACGACAGCCCCGCGUCCACCUCCUCUCUAGUGGGCUUUGAGGAAGCCAGCUACGGACUCAUUACUCCUGCAACAGCUGUCUACAAGGAGGUAUGGCAGGUCAACUUGAAAUCCAAAGGCUUGGGUCAGACCAAGAACCUCACUGGAGUGUACAGGCUGUGUUUGUCCAGCAGGACCAUCAGCUUCGUCAAACUGAACUCAGAAACAGCUGCUGUCAGUUUGCAGCUCAUGAACAUCAGGAGAUGUGGCCACUCAGACAGCUUCUUCUUCAUAGAGGUGGGUCGCUCAGCGGUCACUGGGCCUGGGGAGUUCUGGAUGCAGGCGGAGGACUCUGUGGUGGCGCAGAACAUCCAUGAGACCAUCCUCGAGGCAAUGAAGGCCAUGAAGGAGCUGUCAGAGUUCAGGCCGAGGAGCAAGAGCCAGUCUGCCAGCACUAACCCAAUCUCUGUGCCCACACGACGCAACCUCAACAACCUCCCCCCGAGUCAGACGGGCCUGGUGAGGAGAUCCAGAACAGAUAGCAUGGCAGCUACAUCCCCAGGGAGGAAGUUCACGUCCUGUCGGAUAAGAACAGCCAGUGAGGGCGAUGGAAGCGUGACCCGACCUGUGUCCAUGUCCAUAUCUGUGAACGGGAGUCCCACCAGCCCAAACUCUGGGAACCACCUCAUCAGGUCUCACACCCUCAGCAGUGGGCGCACCUGCAGGAUGCUCGAGUCCGCCUCCAACCUGCAUCACAGCCGGUCCAUGCCGGUGUCCAACUCCCCGCCAGGCACCUCCAGCCCCAUCAGCAUGUCACCCCGAGGGGGGGCUGGUGUCUACACUCCUGAUAAAGCCAGGCGACCUUUUAGCUGCAGCGCCUCCAUCUCUGGCUCCCUCAGUGACACUGGCUUCAUGCUGUGUGAUGACUACAGCUCCAGCCCAGGGGAACCCAGAUUCCUCCCCCUGACCCGCAGCGACACCCCUGACUCUCUGUCCAGCACGCCUCCAUCCCGUGACAUGAGCGACCCCUGUGGCUAUAUGAUAAUGGAGGGGGCUAAUGGCAGCAGGUCAGGGGCUGGUGGUGACGGGCUGGCAUAUGACAAGGCUUACAGGAAGCGGACACACUCCCUCACCACACCACGUCAACAGAGGGUGGUGGCGCCGCUCUCCUCAGCCUCCCUGGAUGACUACACACUCAUGAGGAUGGCCCAUGGACACAACUCCCACUCCGCCUCUCCCAAAGUGUGCUACCCCGAGGAUUAUGGUGACAUUGAAAUCGGUUCAUCCAGGAGCUCCAGUAGCAACCUCGCAGAUGAUGGCUACAUGCCAAUGACACCAGGUGUAGCCGCUCAGUCUGGCAAGGUAGACAACUACGUGCCCAUGAGCCCAAUGUGUGUCUCAGCACCCAAGCAGAUUGUGAACCCGAGGGUGCAUCCUCAGGCGGCUGCCAGCGGCGGCUACAAGACCAACUCGCCCUGCAGCAGCUCUCUGGAGGACAAUGGCUACAUGAGAAUGUGGUGUGGCUCCAAAUCCUCCAUUGAGAGCCCAGACAGGAAUGGCGAAUACAUGAAUAUGUCACCUGGAAACCCACCUCCACUCCAGACCCCACCUGACUACUACAUGGGCCUGCUGGCUGGUGAAGCUCCAUCAGUGAGGUCAGCGUACCAGGCCGGCUCCCUCACGCUCCCUGCUAAACUUCAAGCCUCCAAGAAUGAGGAGAGCAACCAGUAUGUGUUGAUGAGCCCUCAGAGUUUGAGGCAGAGGCUGGGGGAGUCAGACUAUUAUUCAGUGAUGCAGCCCAGUGCAGCUCAGACCUCACCGCUGAGCCCCUCGGUCCCCUCCCCAAUCAGACACAACCGGGCGGAGAGCUUGGCCUACAGAGGGCGGCUCGGCAGGCCUAACAGGCUCUCCCUGGACACCCUGAGGACCCUGCCCAGCAUGAACGAGCACCCCCUCCCCGGAGAACCUCGAAGCCCUGGAGAAUACAUCAACAUUGACUUCAGCAGCGCCAGAUUCUCCCCGCCCUCCACUGUAUCCACAGAGAGCCAGUCUUCAUCACUGGGCUCCAGCAGUGGGGGCCCCGGGAGGUCCUCUCUGACAGACUACAUGAACCUGGAGCUGGGCUCACACUCACCCAAGGAGGCUGACACUCCCGCUGAGCGCUUGGACACGCUCCCAGAGUUAUCCAUGUGUUCAGAGGAGGACGAAGUGUACCAUCUGGAUGGCGAGAAAGGGUCUCAGGGCCUCGGUGAUGAGGUGAAAAAUGACUACACUGAGAUGACGUUUGGGAUGACCAGCUCGCCUCCGCAGCUUGUUCCUCAGAACACAGCAAGCAGCCAGAGCAGCCGGGAGAGAAGGCUCUCUCUGGAGGACCAGGGAGUCCCACAAGGCAUUGGGGUCUUCCUGCUUGGAGCCACCUCUUCCUCCACGUUGGACCCCGACUGCUCCGCCAAGGUGAUCCGCGCCAAUCCGCAGGGACGUCGGCGCCACAGCUCAGAGACCUUCUCCUCCACUGCCACUGUGACACCAGUCUUCCCCUCCUUUGCCCGUGGCGACAUGGUGAAGAGGCACAGCUCGGUGGAGAACAUCUCGUCCCGGAGCAGCGAGGGCUCAGACGAGGAGUACGGCAGCCCUGUGAACCGGCAGAGCUCUGCCGGCUACCCCAACGGGCUGAACUACAUUGCCUUGAACCUGCUGGACAACAGGGAUGUGGAGAAAUGCGAGGACCUGGCUGGCUUCAAACCCACCAGCAGCUGCAAAGGGGGUAUCAAUGGAUUACACAGCUCACCAUAUGUCUGUUUGGGAUUCAAGGAGGCUGCAACCACUGCCAAAGACUAAAGGACUCCUGUAUCCUCUGACUUGGCGUCUUCACCGACCUGCUGCUGCUCGAAAUUUUAAAAAGAAUUAACUUUGCCCUUCCACUGGGCUCUGUGUCCCCAAAAGACUGUCUGGACCCUCAGCAACACUCACACACUUAGGAAACAAGCAGGUCACCAUCUAUGCAUGUAAUGAAUUCGCUGAAGGCAAGACAGGUGUGUUUGUGUACAUGUGUGUGGGCGGGUGAGUGGAUGUGUGUUGUGUAUUGGUGCGUCUCAUGUUCCCUGCGCUUUCAGAGGCCAUUUCUCCUGUGACCCACAUUUUGGCGCAAGCACAGAAGCAAAGAUAGUCAGAUAAUAACAACACUUUAAUGGUACCCAGAUGCUAUUUAUUUACUUGAGGGUAGUUUUAUGACUGCCUGUAUGAGUGCGAGUGCGUUUCUGAGACAAAGUACGACCAACUGGUAUGACAGUGAACAAUGAAACCUUCUAUAGAAAUGGCCCAGGGAGUGAGGGUACCUUGGUACACUGAGUAUAUAAAUAUAUUUAGAUUAGAUAUGUUAUUUAUUUUUGGAAGAUGAAUGUCUGAUAAGACCUACCCAAUGCCUUAAUGUCUAUACUGUCCUUAUGUUUUCUAUGAAAUAAGAGAUAAAUAUUCUAUUACGGUAUGUCUGUUUGGACCUACAUCUCUAUAUUGUUAUUCUGUUGUGGAAAGUAAAUAGCCUAGCUUACCAUUAAAAUAUUAUUUCAGAAAUGUACAGUACAGUGGGGCUGCUUGAGAUCUGAUUUAUCGUAUUGAUAUUAAAGUAUUUUCUUAAUUACUAAUUUCUUAUUUAUUCUAACCUAGUUUAUUUUUGUCCAAUCAAAGCGCUGGACUUAAAGAAAUAUAUUUCUAAAUGUCUUUAAGCGUUAUGCAUGUCUCUAUAAGUCAGCUCAGACCCCACAACACCAGGCAUCUGAAUGCACUGUACCUCCCACAGUUCCUCAGUCACUUGAGCCUGAAAACCUCACACACUCCUACCUUCAAACCUACGGCCUGCUGUUGAGCUCGAUGUAGGCCUCCCUGCUGUGAUAUCGUUUGACGGUACAACUGUAUAGUUGAGGUGAUGACGGAGGGGUGGAGCCAAUAAAAUAAUAUGUCUAGGUUGGGGCACAGUCGAGACGAUUUCCGGUCAACCAGUGAGGGCUGAAGUGUCCAGCAAUACUGGACAAUCACUGAGAGGAGGAGGGUUCUGCAACACAGAAAAAGUAUAAGAGGAGCGGCCAAAAGCCACAUCUGGCCGCAUCAUGGAGGUUCAAUGAAGAAUGUAUGUAUGAAAAAUAUAUCUUUAUGGCAGACAGACAAAAAUUUGAUCUGGCCGAUAGAGGAAAUCAUGUAAAGUUAUAAGAUAAAGCAAGACUUUGUAACUAUUUGACUGAGCAACUAUGUAACUACGGGAUAAUGCUAAAUGCUAAAACAUGAUGUAACAGCACAAAUAGAGAAAAGUCAGUCAGUGUUGUACAGCAGAAGGCCCAUGUAUUUAAUGUUUGCUGACAUUAGCCACCAUUAGCUACAGGCUGACCUUAACUGCCAUUAGGUACUGGUUGACAUUAGCCACCAUUAGCUACAGGUUGACCCUAACUACUAUUAGGUACUGGUUGACAUUAGCUACUGUUAGCUACUGGUUGACAUUAGCCACCAUUAGCUACAGGUUGACCUUAACUACUAUUAGCUACUGGUUGACAUUAGCCACCAUUAGCUACUGGCUGUCUUUAGCUGCUAUUAGCUACUGGUUAACAUUAGCCACCGUUAGCUACUGGCUGAUCAUAGAUACUAUUACCUUAUGUUACUGGCUGACCUUAGCCACUGUUAGUUGCUAGCUGACCAUAGCUACUAUUAGCUACUAGUUGAUAUUAGCUACCUUAAGCUACUGGGUGACCUUAGCUACUAUUAGCUACUAGUUGACAUUAGCUACCUUAAGCUACUGGUCAUACCAACGCUGUAGCAGUGGUGUUUUACUGCUUAUAAAUUUAACUUUUAAAUUGUCAGGAGAAUAAUUUAUUUAUUUCAAAAGUUAGUUUAAUCUGAAGAAUCUUAAGUUUUGACCCUCCCAAAUAGCAGCCAAAUGGGCCGUUAACAUAAACGAAGCCCUUGAUGCUAUACUGACUGUGUGGUCUUUGUGUCGUCCGCUGUGCCAUCUCCAACUGGCUCUCAACCCCUUCAGUGUACAGUAGAUUGUAACACUUUAACCAUGUCUGAAUGUAUCGCUGAGCUGGUGGGAACACCACACACACAAUGUGGGAAAUGGUUUUGACAGAGUUGAAUAAUAUUGGAGCAGUACCACACUAAAUUGUGAUAUCUAUUUAUCUUCAGAGUCUUGAAUGUGUAUAUUGUGUACAUAGAGAGAGUUUAACUAAAAACAAUCUAUUGAAAAUAACUAGAGUACUUAGAUUUUACCUAUGUUGCAAUGAUAUUCCUGUGUAAAGACUUUGGCUACCGAUUUUUAAAAAGGGGACGGGGUUUUUGCUUUGAGGUUGUACAGUGUAUUGUAUGCUUUCUCCCUCACAGUCUCUGUGACUAUAUGAAAAAAUACUCUGUCUAUUUUAUUAUAGAGAUCUCUUUGCCUUGUUGACACACUUUACCUAAUGGCAUAUGCAAUAGUGACAUGAAUACAAUCUAGUUUACAACCGUGGAACCAAAUGUAACAUUGCAUUGAUGAUUUAUUUUCUUUUCGUGGCGAGCAGAAGAUCUUUUGCUCCUUGUACAUUUCUCUCUCUGCCAAGUGUUUUGUUUUUGUCGCCAGGAACUUUGUCCCUGACAUGUCUCAAAGCGCUUUCCCCAUUUUCUGUGUCCAUGAACGGACUCUUCUUUUGCAGAUUGAUCUUGGAGUGACUCAGUCUGAAUGUGUCGUUGUCUUCCAUUGUACAUAGUUCAAUAUAAUGUUUAUUGUGAUGCUCACAAGAGAUGAUUAUUAUGAUUUAUAAAUUCUGGUAGUCAAGUAUUGCUUUUGUCUGUAUUGAUUAUGGAUAGCAACCUACAGAAAUAAAUGAAUUUAUUUAAAGAGGUACAA